GCAGUGUGACCUGGAGCGCCGCUCCUCUAGGAUGAGUAGGGCCCUCAUGCGGCUCAUCCAGCUCCCGCACACGGUUAUCCUCGACAUAUCGCGACGUCAGUCGACUGAACCGAGACACAGCACCCGCAUCUCCAUACUGGAACACCUUCGCGAGUACAAGUUGGCAUGCAAAAAGCUGUGGAUGACAUCACUAAAUACUGUACUUUCGUCAUACGCGCACAACAAAAUUGAUGUGGGAAAUAACUUUAACAGAUUAAACAUUCUUACAUCCAAAACUUUACUAGAUUUACAAAUGCCAAGAAGUAGGAGACGUCACCGUUCGCGAAGCCAUUCGCGAUCACAUUCACCUGCUUCACCACAAUAUGAUCACAAACGAAGGCGGAUUGAUCAUGAAAGUCCUCCAAGUAAAGGAACAUAUAGCGGUGAGCGGGUACUGCGGCUGCGCCAGCACGAGCGCGGCACCAGCCAGGAGCGUCGCUACAAGCGCUCGCACCGGCGCUCGCCGAGCAGCGGCCGCCAGCACUCCCAUGCUGUCCAGCACGCGCACCGGGAGCGGGACCGUGACCGCGACCGGGACCGGGAGCGCGAUCGGGAGCGCGACCGCCCGGCCGCAUCGGGCCUCGCGGGCUCGACCUCGGCCAUGUCCUCGUCGAAGCGCAAUAGGGGCCGACGCCACCAUGCCUCGGUCUCGCCCAAUCCUGAGCAGCGCCACAGGCACCGCUCGCCUGCCUCCAAGAGCCAGAGGAGACCGCACAAAGAGUUCAGCAGCAUCAUUGGAGAAACAACUACGAGGCAGCAAUUCUACAAGAAUAAUAGUGCGAGAAUGAAGCUCGUCGUGAUGCCUGAGUCUCAGGUGCCCUUUCUACCCAAGAGCCCACGAGCGCCCUCCAUCGAGGACGACGUAGAAGGCCACCUCGUUUACGAAUCUGGCGACCUCCUGGCGAAUAGAUAUGUAGUACUGGCCACCCUAGGAGAGGGUACUUUUGGAAAGGUUGUCAAGGUUAAGGACUUGAAAAUGGACCAUGUAAUGGCAUUGAAAAUAAUCAAGAACGUGUUGAAGUAUAGAGAUGCAGCCAGAUUGGAGAUCAACGCGUUGGAGAAAAUUGCAGUGAAGGAUCCGGAGGGGCAACAUUUGUGCGUUAAGAUGCUUGAUUGGUUCAACUAUCACGGGCAUAUGUGCAUUGCCUUCGAGAUGCUUGGACUCAGUGUUUUUGAUUUCUUAAGGGACAAUAACUUCCAACCUUAUCCGUUGGAACACGUGAGGCAUAUAGGAUAUCAACUUUGUUAUGCUGUUAAAUUUUUGCAUGACAAUAAAUUAACACACACAGACCUGAAACCUGAGAAUAUACUAUUUGUUGAUUCCGAUUACGAAGUUAUUUACAACAGUAAGAAAGUCCCUCCCUUAAAAAGAGAAGACGUAAGGAGAGUAAAGAGGACCGAUAUCAGGCUCAUUGAUUUUGGUAGUGCCACUUUUGACGACGAGCACCACAGUACUAUUGUCAGCACAAGGCAUUACAGAGCACCCGAAGUAAUCUUAGAGUUAGGAUGGACCCAACCUUGUGACGUAUGGUCGAUUGGCUGUAUUCUUUUCGAAUUGUAUCUGGGCAUUACUCUAUUCCAAACACAUGACAACCGUGAACAUCUCGCAAUGAUGGAACGUAUACUUGGCUCGAUACCUCAAAGAAUGGCUCACGAAACAAAAACCAGAUACUUUUAUCACGGAAAGUUGGAUUGGAACGACAAAACCUCCGUUGGGCGAUAUGUUCGUGACAAUUGCAAACCUUUGCAUAGAUAUCUGUUAUCGGAUAACGAGGAGCACAAGCAGCUGUUCGAGCUAAUGCUGCGGAUGCUGGAGUAUGAGCCAUCGUCUCGGAUUACCCUGAAAGAGGCGUUGGCGCACCCCUUUUUUGACAAGCUGCCCGCCAAUCAGCGACUUACUGACCCGCGAGCUGCCGGCGACUCUCAACAGUCACACGAGCGCUCACACUCGCUCUCUCGAUGAAGCUAGGGGAGGGACCGCACCGCUGGCUGCCCAGCGACGUCGGCACGCCGAUGCAUUGGCUCAGCUGUCGAUCAGUCGCUCGUUGCGCGAUGACCCGUCGUGAUCAUUUUACGUACAUGGCUCAAGGUGUUCGCGAUAGGCACUACCGAGUCUCCUACCGCUGCAGCUUACAUUCGUUGAUCGUUCGUUCGUUCGUCCCUCCCAUCCAUCCAUCCACUCAUCUCCUACU